UGGUGGUGGCCCAGGAACCUCUCAGGAGUGCAGCCCAGGCCAGUGCACCCCAGGCUAGUGUCUCACCCUUCCUAAGCUCCCAAACCAUACUCCCUGUGUGUUGCAUCUGGCCCUGGGGGGUCCAGGGGAGCCCUGCCCCGCUGGCCGCUGCACUCUGGGCUUGAGCUGGACGGAGCCACAGAGGCCAAGUGACUGUUUAUGGUCUGCUCUGCGGUCAGGAGGCUGCAGGCGAUCCACAGGUGAGGUGCGCUCCCCCACCCCUCUGCCCACAUACCCCAGAGGAGGGAGCUGGGAUCAGCCCAUGCCCACGCAUUCAUGGGCGUGACAGGGAGAGGGUUGGGGGUCUCCAGGCAGGUCCCAAACGUGGGUGGCAGGAAUAUGGAAGGGAUACAGCCUCUGCCCACAGCACCAGCCGGGCAGCACAUGCUGCGGAGCCCACCAAGAAGCCCUGGGCCAGCUCCCAGCCGCCCAGGAGCCCGCCAGGAGCACCUGCAGGCUCCGGACAAGAGGGAGGAUAAGGGUCUAAUGGAUCGCCCAGCCAGGCAGGUGCCAGGUGGGCCUGUGCAGGACCUAAGGCUCUGCCGAGGUAGCUUUAACCCUAACUCUCCUGCUCCCCUGUGCAGAGGCACCCCGAGGGAGGAUGGUACUUUGAGACAGGUCCUUGCUCCUCAGGUGCUGUCUGGGCCGCAGCGUGGGAAGUGAGGGGAAUCCCUCCCACUCCUCUCACAGGUUGGUCAAGGUCAUCUCCCACCCUGUCUCCUGACCCCCUGCUACCCUAGUGGGUGCAGAGCACGUGACUAGGGGCCCAGACCCCUUAGCCGGACCCCUCCAACCCCUACCCACACCCUUCCUCUAGCCGGAACUGACCGCAGGCCAGUGGGAGAGGUCCCUCCAUCCAUAGAGAGCUGCUGCCUCCGAGUACCAGCCCACACACGCUGACCAGCUGUCACUCAGCUCCAGGCCGCGCCCGGUCCACCUCAAGGUUCCCGCCCCGGGUCCAACAACUUGCGGCCAGCCCGCACUUGCGCUGUCACUCAGCGCUUAGCCCCGCCCCCGGGUGCACUUGCGCUGUCACUCAGCGCUCGGCCCGCCCCACACACUUGGCGCUGUCACUCAGCCCGACCGCGCGAGUCUGGGUCCAGCUCGAGGUGGACUCUUCGCUGCUGCUCCGCAACCGACCCCAUGGGCACUGCGCUCCUGCUGGCUCUCGGGUUGCUGGCCCAGGGCCUUGGCCCAUCCUGGUGUGCUCUUGAGUCGUGGCACCUCAGCACCCUGUACCCCUGGCACCAGCCCCGUUCUGUGAGCCGUGUACGGCGAGCCUGGGUCAUUCCUCCAAUCAGCGUGUCUGAGAACCACAAGCGGCUCCCAUACCCACUGGUGCAGAUCAAGUCAGACAAGCAGCCACUGGGCAGUGUCCUGUACAGCAUCCAGGGCCCCGGCGUGGACGAAGAACCACAGGGCGUGUUCUCUAUUGACAAGUUUACCGGCAAAGUCUUCCUCAAUGCCAUGCUGGACCGCGAGCAGACUGACCGCUUCCGGCUCAAAGCCUUCGCGCUGGACCUGGGCGGGUCCACCUUGGAGGACCCCACAGACCUGGAGAUCGUGGUGGUGGACCAGAACGACAACCGGCCAGCCUUCUUGCAGGAGAUGUUCGUGGGCCGGGUGUUGGAGGGCGCUGCCCCAGGCACCUACGUGACCAGGGCCGAGGCCACCGACGCUGACGACCCUGAGACCGACAAUGCGGCGCUGCGCUUCUCCAUUGUACAACAGGGCAGCCCUGAGGUGUUCAGCAUUGAUGAGCUUACCGGGGAAAUACGCACCGUGCAAGUGGGGCUGGACCGCGAGGUGGUGGCCGUGUACAACCUGACCCUGCAGGUGGCAGACAUGUCUGGGGACGGCCUCACCGCCACUGCCUCGGCCAUCAUCUCGCUGGAUGAUGUAAACGACAACGCACCCGAGUUCACCAAGGAGGAGUUCUUCAUGGAGGCCACAGAAGCGGUCAAGGGUGUGGAUGUGGGGCGGCUGCAGGUGGAAGACAGGGACCUGCCGGGGUCCCCCAACUGGGCGGCCAGGUUCACCAUCCUGGAAGGUGACCCUGAUGGGCAGUUUGCCAUCCGCACGGACCCCAGGACCAAUGAGGGCGUGCUGUCCCUGGUGAAGCCUCUGGACUACGAGAGUCGUGAGCGCCACGAGCUCCAGGUGCUGGUGCAGAACCAGGCCCCGCUGCAGGCAGCCGCGCCGCGUGCCGUACGGGGACAGGCCAGGGUCAGCGUGUGGGUGCAAGACACCAACGAGGCCCCUGUGUUCCCAGAGAACCCCCUGCGGGUCAGCCUGGCCGAGGGUGCCCCCCCAGGCACCCUGGUGGCCACCUUCGCUGCCCGAGACCCCGACACACAGCAGCUGCAGAUACUGAGCUACUCCAAGGACUACGACCCGGAGGACUGGCUGCAGGUGGACCGCGCCACGGGCCAGGUGCAGACCCAGCGCGUGCUUAGCCCGGCCUCCCCGUUCCUCAAAGACGGCUGGUACCGCGCCAUCAUCCUGGCCCUGGACGACGCGUCCCCGCCGCGCACGGCCACCGGCACGCUGUCCGUGGAGAUCCUGGAGGUGAAUGACCACGCUCCCGCGCUGGCGCCGCUGCCCUCGGGCAGCCUGUGCAGCGAGCCGCACCUGGGCCCCGGGCUCCUCCUGGGCGCCACGGACGAGGACCUGCCCCCGCACGGGGCUCCCUUCCACUUCCUGCUGAGCCCCGGCGCGCCCGAGCUGGGCGCCAACUGGAGCCUCAUCCCGGUCAACGUGAGCCACGCGCGGCUGCGGCCGCGGCAGCCGGUGCCCGAGGGCCUGCACCGUCUGCGCCUGCUGCUCCGGGACUCGGGGCAGCCGCCGCAGCAGCGCGAGCAGCAGCUCAACGUGUCCGUGUGUCGCUGCGGCCCCGACGGCGCCUGCCUGCCCGGGGCGGCCGCGCUGCGCACCGGGGCCGCGGGCGUCGGCCUGGGCGCCCUGCUCGCCGUGCUGGCCAGCGUGGCCGUGCUGCUGCUGCUGGUCCUGCUCGGGGCGCGGCGCGCGCGGUGGCGGCCGUCGGCGCGGGACAAGGCCCUGCCGCCCCGGCCGCUGGACGACCUCCGCGACAACGUGCUCAACUAUGACGAGCAGGGCGGCGGGGAGGAGGACCAGGACGCCUACGACCUCACCCAGCUGCGGCCCUCGCGGAGCGUCCCCCUCGGGCUGGGCCGGCCGCUGCUCCGCCGCGACGCCGCCCACGGCCACGCGCCCCCGCGGCCACGCCGCCUGCAGCCCGCCGGCCCCGCGGACGUGGCCGGCUUCAUCAGCGAGGGCCUGGCGGCUGCAGACAACGACCCCAGCGUGCCGCCCUACGACACGGCUCUCAUCUAUGACUACGAGGGGGACGGCUCCGCGGCGGGGACUCUGAGCUCCAUCCUGUCCAGCGGGGCGGACGAGGACCAGGACUACGACUACCUCCAGGACUGGGGCCCGCGCUUUGCCCGGCUGGCGGACUUGUACGGGCGCCCCUGAGGCCUGCACCGAGCGGGGGGCCUUCCCCCUGGGGACUGCGCUGCCAGACACCCGCAGGGCGUUGGGCCCACCCACCCGGGACCCAAAGCUGCCCCAGCCCCCGCUUUUGCUUCUUCCUGUUAACCUCUCUUUGUAUGAAAGAAACUUGCCCUUAUGAGUGGACUACGGCUUGCACCCCGGGCUGGGCUGGGAGCACGCGGCGGGCUGUGGGGG